AUGCCACUACGGUACCUAUGGAUCACAGAUGUCGAUCUACAGUGCUAUUUGCGUGUCGUUCAGCUCGAGCAAGAAGUUUACCGCCGAUUACAAUCGAGCCAUACAGAGCGUUGUCGUUCUAUUGUCGAAUGCGUUGAAUUUCUUCCCAAGGCUACCAAACUUCGCUGGAUGAAGAAUGGGAAUCUUCGCGCUUUCCUAGCAAAUAACCGACCUUCUCAGUCUUGCAUUCAUGGAAAGAAGAUCCUCGUCGCGGAUAUUGCAAGUCGAAACAUCCUGAUCGAUUCUGAUCUUUCUAUCAAGUUCUGCGAUUUUACCGAAGCCUCACUUCUCCCACUCGACACUGAUAUGGAAACUAUCGACGGAGGAGGGUAUAAUACACUACUUGAUAUAGCCUUGCUUGGAGCUGUCUUCUACGAAAUUGUCACCGGUGAGAAGUGUGAAAUUGAUCUUUUUGUCGACAGUGAUCGAGCUCAAUGGCCGGCUAGGCAAAAUCUGCCACUCACUGAAGAUAUCUGGCUUGGCUCUGUGAUUCAGGACUGUUGGACUGGUAUAUACCCUACCGCAAAUUCUUUGCUUCAGGCCUUGGUAGCAUCUCGUGAUAAGCUUCAUCAUUAA